UAUAAAUGUAGUGUGUGUGAGAACAAACUAUAUCAAGAUGAGUUCCUUAUUAUCAGCGGAACUAUCAGCUACAUGUAAUGCUCUAGGAACGAUUAACAAAAAGACUGGAAAGUAUAUGAUAGAUGAUUUUACACUAAAUACAGUAAAAGAUUUAAUCAGGUAUCUACGACGAGAUGGUGAAGAUCAUGAAAUACGUCGACACUUUGGACAAACUAAAGUUUUACAAACAGAUCUAUUACCCAUGUUGGUCGAUCACUGGGAGAAUUCAGAACUCUUCGACGUUACUUUAAGGCUUAUUGUUAACCUCACAAAUCCCGCACUUCUACUGUAUAGAGAGGAAGUGCCUACAGAAAAAGCAGCCAGACAUAACUACUUGCAAAUUUUAUCUCAUCUACAAUCCUAUAAAGAAGAAACAUUUACGAAAGUUGAUACAUGGCAGGUUUUUGCCAAGAAAUUGGCUAAGACGUUAGAAAUAGACUGGUCGGAAAGAGAUGAAGAUACAGGCCUCAUAAUUGAGAGGAUACUUAUUUUAAUAAGAAAUGUUCUACAUGUUCCUGCUGACUUAGACAAAGAGAAAAGGCCUGAAAAUGAUGCCAGUGUACAUGACCAGGUAUUGUGGGCAUUGAACCACUCUGGUAUAUUAGACAUAAUUCUUUAUAUGUCUUCGGAGAAUGAGAAACAAUAUUUUAUGCAUAUUCUCGAGAUAAUAUCUCACCUGCUUCGAGAACAGAAUCCGACAAGUCUUGCCGAUGCGGCAUUACAGAGAAGUGUUGAUGAGAAACUGAAAGAUGAACAGGAACUUCUCAUGAUGAGGAUGAAAGAAAAUAAGGAGAGAAUUAACAAAGUGAAACAGUUUUCAGGUUCAAGACAUUCAAGAUUUGGUGGAACUUAUGUUAUACAGAAUAUGAAGUCAAUAUCUGAUAACGAGUUGAUCAGUCUGAAGCCAUUGAACAAAAUAUCCAAUUUUAACUUUAAUGGUAGUAAAACAUCAAAAUAUAUGAAACCUAAAAACAGGCGGCCAGUGGAAAGUGGUAUGAUGGAAAGGAGAUCAGCCUUUGCUGUGAGAUUAUUUCUAAAGGAGUUUUGUAUAGAAUUUUUAAAUAGCUCAUACAAUCCAAUGAUGCACUAUGUGAAGGAUGUUCUUGUUAGAGCUAAAGCGCAGCAGAAUGAUGAGUCUUAUUAUCUCUGGGCAAUGAAAUUUUUCAUGGAGUUCAAUAGAGGACACAAUUUCCAAGUUGGACUUGUCAGCGAGACGAUGUCGGUACCGAUGUUUCAUUACGUGCAGCAGCAGAUGGAGAAAUACUACGACAUGAUCAAAGUCGAGAAGAAAAAGUUCUCCGUCUGGGUGCGACGCCUGCACCUCGCACUGCGCGCCUACAAGGAACUUUUGCACACCCUGCUCGCUAUGGACAAGUGUACAGAUAGCACCGUAAGGGACUCCGCCAAAGUUCUAAAGAGCAAUAUAUUCUAUGUGCUCGAGUAUAGGGAGUUCAUACUAUCGAUUAUACUGAACUACGAUGAGAAUAAAAUGCCGAGGUCAUAUCUCGUGGAUCUAGUGGAGACUGUUCAUCUCUUUCUCAAGAUGCUGGAGCACUACUGCAAGAAAACUGGACUCGUCGUGCAAAAGAAAGUGAGGAAGAAGGCCAAACCUAAAAAGAAAACAGCUCGAGCCCCUCCUGCGCCGAAACCGAAGCCGACGAAGGAGGUUCCCGUAGAGCAGGUGGAGCAACAUCUGAGCGAGGCGCUGGCUGCCCCGGCGGAUGAGUUCCCGCCGCCCUUCGACGCCGCCUCAGACGUGCCUAUAGAGGAACAGAGAGGGGACUGCAUGAAGAAGAUCCAGAUACUCAUGCGUGAUGAAAAAUACGCUGAAGCUGUCGGCCUGUUCCGCGCAGCCAGGGAAGUGUGGCCCGAGGAAGGCGUAUUCGGUUCCCCCGGCAUACCUGAAGACGAAGAACUGGACAUGCUCAAGACCGUUUAUAGCGCAGACCUGGGAGUAGAGACGACAGAUGACCAGGAGGAGGCUCAUGAGAAUUCCGAGUACAGCGCGGAUGAAGAAGACGAGGAAGAGGAAGAAGAGAGAACAACAGCCGUCGUGGAAACUGAUUUCGAUUUUCAAGACUUCGUACAAAGGUUCUGCCACCCACGAGUUGUAAGCGCGUGCGCAGCUCUCCUGGAGCGCUUCGACCAGAACCUACCUCACAUCAACCACUGCAUUGUCAAAAUGCUGCACCGCGUGGCCUGGGACUGCAAGCGCCCCGCCAUGAUGUUUCAGGCCACGCUCUUCGUUACCUUCCAGAAGAUUCUCGCCAACCCCAUCUCGCAUUUUAAGGAGCUGGAGAAGUUUGCGAUAUUUAUAAUAAGGAAAUUCGCUGAGAUCGCCGCCGCCAACGGGAAAGUUUUCAUCGAGCUGCUAUUCUGGAAGAACUCGAAAGACUCCGUCGAGAUCGAGCUCGGAUACGACCUCUAUAACGAUCAAAGGGAUAAGGCGGGCAAGGGCGCCUGGACCCCGGAACAGGAAGAGGAACUCCGCUCCUUGUAUAUGGAAAAUCAAUCCAACCCGCAGACCAACCAGGACGUAAUCGACUGGAUCCUGGACAACCUGAUCGACCAGACGCGAACCCGGCGCAGCGUCAUCAAAAAACUGAAGGAGCUGGGGCUGAUUUUCCGCGCGCCGACGAAACGCGCCAACCGCGAGAGAAAGGACAAAGGCACAUUCACCGAGGAAGACGAUAGUCUGUUGAAGGAGUUGUGGCAGCAAGACGCCGAAACACAAGAUCCAACGUCCGCCAUCCUAUCGGAGCUGAAGAAGCGCGGCGUUUCGCGGUCGCGGCGCAGCGUCGUGUCGCGUCUCGUGUCGCUCGGCGUGGUGGGGGACGCUCGCGAGUGCCGCAAGCCGCGCCGGCCCGAUAAAUCGAACCGUUCAUCGGAAUCGUCCAGUUCAGACGACGAGAGUGACAACUCCGCUAAACCCGCCAAGCCCGCUAAACCAGUUAAACAAACAAACAAACAUAAGCCGACCAAACAAACUAACCGCAGGACCAAACCCAAGAAAGUAGAGUUAAGUGCGAACGAGAUUGCCAAACUACUCGUGCGGGCCGUCGACGAUGGUUACACGGAAGCUCUGGAAUGGUUGGCAGAGAAUUUAGAAGAGGUAGCCCUAGACCAAGAGGCGGAGGGCUUCGAUCCCACAGCCGACGGCACGCCCCUGGUGCCCAUAGCGCGAGCCUGUGUGGAGGCCAUGGACAGCAACACCCUUCAGGAAGUUUUGAGGAGUGUUGGUGUAAUGCCACCAUUAGAUGAGCAGGAAACUUACUGGAGGAUUCCUGGAGAUCUUCACUUCGAAACGAUCAGGAAGCGACGAGAGAUAAUUCUCAAAGCGAUUAACAAAGAGCUCAUAAUCGAUUCCAAUGAGAACGACGAUCGAGUCGAAAAUGGAAAGGAAUCGAGUGACGACGAUGAUUUGUUUGACAACUUGCGUAAGAUGCGGGACGCUAAUAUUACAGAAGCUCCUAAUACUGGAGAAACUCCUAAUAAUUCCAAUAGUAAUACCGCUCCUAACACUCCUAAUAUUAAUAGUCGCAAGCGAAGUCGCAGCGCGACCUCCGAGGACGACAACAGUCGCGACAAAAUGCCCAAAAUCGAUGAAGUCGAGGAAAACGAUGACGAUGACAUCCUGAGCUUCGCCAAAAAAACUCUACAGACAGAAUAUCUGCCCGACACUGAAGAUAUACUGAGCGGCCUACCUGAACAUGACUCUAAUGACAGUGACGCAGAGGACGUAGUUUUGCCGGCAAAACGUAAAAAGAUGCGACUGAUCAGCGAGGACUCUGACUAAAACGGUAAGUUUACUGUUUCGAUUCAUUUUGAUCGUAAUGUAAAAAAAAUGUAAUUCGACUAAAUAUUGUGCUCCUGUUAAUUCGUUCUUACGAGGUGAAUAAGUGUCAUUUAAAUUGGUCGCAUAAUAGGCUGAGCGCUGUUUACAUUUCGGUCAAAAUGCAAUGAAACAAGG